AUGAAUCGUUCAGACCCUAUAGAAUCUAGUAAUCUUACCGACAAUCAUCAGCCAGUUAUAGAGAUUGCAAAUGGUCACAUUGGAACAAAUCAUGAACCUUUUCUUGAAGAUAUUGGACCUCUUACAACUACGGAUGAGUUAACUGUGACCAAAGAGAAUGGUGAUGUUACUUCAAAUUCUGAAAUGAUGGUUGAGGAUUCAGGAGUAAAUUCCUUUCGUCAGACUGUUUUUCUUAAUCUCAACUCUCCUGCAGCUGACAGUGAACAUAAUGAAACUCACUAUAGAUCACGUGAGGUAGAUAUUACAGUAAUGGCCACUACCUUGCGAAGGGAAGCUAAUUCCCAAAACAAUACUAUUGGAUCUGGAUAA